AUGCCACCUCGUAGAUGUGCACGUCGAGGGAGUGGUAGGGGAGGCAGAGGAGCUGGACGUAUCCAGCCGAAGGAGCAACCUGCUGUGCAGGCAGCCAACCCUACCGCACCUGUCACCCAAAUAGAUCUAGCCGCGAUGGAGCAGCGAUACCAGGACAUGCUACAGGCUGCUUUAGCACCUUUUCAUGCUGUCCAGCAGGCCUUGACCGCCUCUCCUCCAACCCCAUACGCAAAGCAGCAAGAGUUCCUAAACUUGGAGGAAGGCGACAUGACGGUGGAGCUGUAUAAUGCUGAGUUUGACAUGUUAUCCCGUUUUGCCUCUGAUGUUGUGGAGGAUGAGAAGGCCAGGACUGAGAAGUUCGUCAGAGUGGCAAGAGAGUACCCUGAUGUAUUACCUGAUGAGCUUCCGGGACUUCCACCUCUCAGGGAGAUAGACUUUGCCAUUGAGUUAGAGCUAGCCACUUCUUUUAUCUCGAGGGCUUCUUACAGAAUGGCUCUAGCUAAGCUAAAGGAGCUGAAGGUGCAGUUGCAGAAGUUGUUGGACAAAGUUGCAAGGACCACCGUCUUUUCUAAGAUCGACCUACGAUCAGGCUACCACCAGCUGAGGAUCACGGAUAGUGAUAUUCCUAAGACCGCUUUCCAUUCCAGAUACGGGCAUUACGAGUUCAUUAAGGUGACUUUUCUCAGCCACGUGAUUUCCAGUGAGGGAGUUUUUGUGGACCCAGCAAAGAUUGAAGCAGUUACCAGUUGGCCUGGACCGUCUACAGUUAGUGAGGUUCCUAGUUUCCUGGGUUUAGUAGGUUACUACAGGAGGGACUUUGAGAGAGCCAAGAUUGCAGUCUCAGUAGGGGAAGUUACCUCACAGUUGACUCAGUUGUCAUUGCAGCCGACCUUGAGGCAGAGGAUUAUUGUUGCUCAGAUAAAUGAUCCUUAUAUGGUAGAGAAGCGUCGUUUGCUAGAGGCAGGGCAAGGUGAGGAUUUCUCCAUAUCCUCUGAUGAUGGCCUUACAUUUGAUAGGCGUUUGUGCGUGCCAGAAGACAGUGCAGUCAAGGCAGAGCUUUUGACAGAGGCUCACAGUAAAGGCACCAAGGUAGAAGCCAGCCGGGUUGUUGCAACCCUUGAGUGUACCAGGGUGGAAAUGGAGAGCAUUUCGAUGGACUUCAUUACAGGACUGCCCAUGACUCUAAAGGGCUAUACAAUCAUUUGGGUUAUUGUUGACAAACUCACGAAGUCAACUCACUUUGUUCCUGGGAAAUCCACUUACACUGCCAUCAUCAGCCCACCAUUGGCAUGGCGCCAUUUGAAACUCUGUAUGACAACUGUUGUAUAUCUCCUGUUUGUUGGGGAGAGGUCGGUAAGCAGAGACUGCUAG